AUGAGCCCCCGCUACCUACAGAGCAACUCCAGCAGCCACACGCGACCCUUCAGUGCCAUCGCGGAGCUGCUAGAUAACGCUGUAGAUCCAGAUGUAUCCGCCAGGACGGUCUUCAUAGAUGUUGAGGAGGUCAAGAAUAAACCUUGUUUGACCUUUACUGAUGAUGGAUGUGGGAUGACACCUCAUAAACUACACCGAAUGCUCAGCUUUGGCUUUACAGAUAAAGUAAUAAAGAAGAGCCAGUGUCCCAUCGGGGUCUUUGGUAAUGGUUUCAAGUCAGGCUCCAUGCGACUAGGAAAGGAUGCGCUUGUCUUCACCAAGAAUGGGGGUACUCUCACUGUUGGACUCCUGUCACAGACCUACCUGGAACGUGUCCAGGCCCAGGCAGUUAUUGUACCAAUUGUUCCAUUCAGCCAGCAAAACAAAAAAAUGAUUAUUACUGAGGACUCCUUGCCCAGCCUAGAAGCCAUCCUGAACUAUUCAAUUUUCAACAGAGAAAAUGACCUGCUGUCCCAGUUUGAUGCCAUCCCAGGCAAAAAAGGCACUCGUGUUCUCAUUUGGAAUAUCCGCAGAAAUAAAGAUGGAAAGUCUGAGUUGGACUUUGAUACAGAUCAAUAUGACAUCCUGGUAUCAGACUUUGGCACAGAAGAAAAAGAGACUGGUGGUGUUACUGCUGAGCUGCCAGAAACAGAGUAUUCUUUACGGGCAUUUUGUAGUAUUCUGUAUAUGAAGCCACGAAUGAAAAUUUUUCUGCGUCAAAAGAAGGUGACUACCCAGCUGAUUGCCAAGAGCCUGGCCAAUGUGGCAUAUGAUAUAUAUAAACCUACAUUCACAAAUAAGCAGGUGAAAAUAACUUUUGGGUUCUCUUGCAAGAAUAAUAACCAAUUUGGAGUAAUGAUGUAUCAUAACAACCGACUCAUAAAGUCCUUCGAGAAGGUGGGAUGCCAGGUGAAGCCAACUCAUGGAGAAGGUGUGGGAGUAAUCGGAGUCAUUGAGUGCAAUUUCUUAAAACCUGCCUACAACAAACAAGACUUUGAGUACACCAAGGAGUACCGGUUGACAAUAAAUGCCCUUGCCCAGAAGCUCAAUGCUUAUUGGAAAGAAAAGACAUCCCAAGAGAAUUUUGAGACCUCAGCCAUAGCCAGGAUAAUACCGAAGGUUCCUGACCAGACAUGGGUACAGUGUGACGAGUGUCUUAAAUGGAGGAAGCUUCCUGGCAAGGUUGAUCCAUCUAUAUUACCUGCAAGGUGGUUUUGUUACUAUAAUUCCCAUCCAAAGUACAGGAGAUGCUCUGUUCCAGAGGAACAAGAACUCAUUGAUGAAGGCCUGUACUUGAGCAAAGCUAAGAAACAAGAUCAAACUGUUGAGAAGAAGAAGGUGCCAGUGGAAAAUGAGACAUACCAGAUAUUCACUAAUCCACCGAAGAUCCCUACUAUUCAAAAUAUGGAUGAAUUGAAUAAUAAGACAAUUGGAUAUGAGGAAAUUGAUAGUCCUAACCGGCUUCCAUCUGUUGGGAAAGAAAGCAGAACACCUUCUCUUCAACCUAAGCCUCUGGAUUCCAGUGUUUUUCAGUUUUCCAGUAAGUACAAAUGGAUCCUAGGUGAGGAACCCGUGGAGAAACGAAGAAGGCUCCUGCAUGAGAUGACAACACCUCCUCUAGAUUAUUCCAUGCCUGGUUCUCACAGGAGGGUAGAGGCAGCUGUUUCUUACCCAGAAGGGGAAAGCAGCCAUGAUAAAUCUAGCUCUGAGAGAAGCACACCACCAUACCUUUCCCCAGAAUACCCAGAAGCAAGCAAGAACACCAGUCAAAGUAGGGAGGUUUCAGUUCUGUAUUCAGGGGUCCAAGACCAACACCAGGGGUCCUUGAUCCCUGAAGAAUUAGAAGAUCAGAUGCCAAGAUUGGUAGCAGAAGAGUCUAAUAGAGGCAGCAGAAACAUAAGCAAGGAAGAAGUAAACAAGGGACCUUUUGUAGCUGUUGUCGGUGUUGCAAAAGGUGUACAAGAUUCAGGAGCUCCCAUUCAGCUGAUCCCUUUUAACCGAGAGGAGCUUGCUGAGAGAAGAAAAGCGGUUGAAUCCUGGAAUCCAGUGUCUUAUUCUUCUGUGGCCUCUACUACAACCCCUGCUGCAGCCACUGGGGAGAAAGGAAGAGGCUACGAGGAGAGUGGAGGUCGUAAUACACCGAAGAUGAAGAACCAAAGAGAGCUGGAAGAACUGAAAAGAACCACAGAAAAACUGGAACGCGUUCUGGCGGAAAGGAACUUGUUCCAGCAAAAGGUGGAGGAGCUGGAGCAGGAGAGGAAUCACUGGCAUUCUGAAUUCAAGAAAGUCCAACAUGAAUUGGUGACCUACAGUACCCAGGAGACGGAAGGCUUGUAUUGGAGCAAGAAACACAUGGGCUAUCGCCAAGCUGAAUUCCAAAUUCUGAAAGCUGAGCUGGAAAGAACCAAAGAGGAAAAGCAAGAACUAAAAGAGAAACUGAAGGAGACAGAGAUGCACCUGGAAGUGCUGCAGAAGGCUCAGGGCUUUGGCAAAGCUUACGCGGCUGCGUGUCCACGUCAGCUAUCUCCUUACUUCUGUCCUCCCUCACUUGGAGCUUCGUGAGAUCGGGUUUGACUCAGAACAAGUGGAUGGGAUCCUGUAUACGGUGCUGGAGGCAAAUCACAUACUGGAUUGAGCACUAGACUAUAUACUCUAUAUACCCUUCUCUACCUGUCUCUUCUUUACCCUCUUCUUCUCUCUCCUUUUCUCCCUCCCUCCUUCCCUUACUUCUCGCUCUUAUUCUCUCUCUCUCUCUCUCUCUCUCUCUCUCUCUCUCUCUCUCUCUCUCUCCCUCACCUUUAUGCCUUAUAUAGAGAAUCUUCGAGUAAACCCUGGCUCUUAAUCAGUCUGCUUCUUAUUCAGUUUGGUGUGAAGAAAGAGGCUAGGUCACUAGGCUUUGAAGAAUUCCAGGAACAGAAGAGCAAUAGUCACCAAACCAGGUGACUUGAAAGCUUUAAUUUUCAUUACUUAGAUACCUGGCCUAUUUUAUAUCCUUCCUGAAAUGGUUUGUAUUGAUGUAGGUUAAAUCGGUCAGCGAAUAUUGGGUCCAAUGUACUAGGUGUUUGGGGAUAAAUUAAGAAGUAUAACUCAUGGUUUCAGCCAUCAAAGAUCUAACAAUCUAGUUGGAAACACAAGACAUGCCAAGUUAACUAACUUGUACAGACAUGAUGGGAAAAUUCUAGGGGAGGAAAAUCAAGGAAGGCAUCACCACAUAAGUGGGACCUAAACUAAGGUUUGUUUAAAGAGUGAGCAUGACCACACUUAAGAACAGUUGUUUUUUAGGUGGUAAGACUGUGGUUGAUAUUUUUUUCUUCUUGCUAUCUUCCUGCCUUUUUCAAAUUUUCUAUAAUAAACCUGUUAUUAUUUUUACAUUGAAAAAAAUUGUUUUUAAAGAGAAUGAGUAGGCUUGAAUUUAGAUAUCAAGUGAGAGACUGAGAAAAUAUAAGUUAAUUUUAUAUUUAUACUUCAUUAUAUUUAGCAUUAUCUCUGGAAGAAUAGCAUGAACAAAGGCACAGAAAAAGCUAGAAUGUGAAAAAUGUAUUUGGUAGGAGUGAUGGGUUAAUGUAAAGGGAACUAAAGUUAAAUCAUGACCCAUCUCUGUGGUGUUUGCAUUUUAAGAAGGAAUUCUCGAAAAAGAAAUCUUCAAGGCUCAGUUUCAAAAAUAGAUGUAUCACCAAACUGUGGGACUUCAGGUAGUAGGGGAGCUAUUUUAGAGCAGGGAGAUCUAUUUGAUAUUCCUCAGAAUAUACUGCUUUACCUGUUCUUCAGGCUAGUGCUGAAUGAGGGGUAGAUCUCGUAUUAUUAGAAAUAGUAAAAGUUAUACUCUUGUAAAAGUAGACAUUUUGUUUAUUCAUUGCUAUAUGGUAUUUAUAUAGCACAUGCUCUCCAAAGAGUUCAAGGUACUCUUCAAAAGACAUUGAACAAUAAACACGUAAAAACAUAACAACAAUGAAAUACAGGAGAAAUAAUAAAAGGGAGGUGGGAUCAAGCAAUUGCAAAAGGAUUAGCUAGUCCAGAGGAAUGUUUUGGUAUUUGCUCUGUUUCUCUUCUGCAGUUACUUCAGAAGACUUUCCUAAAGUUAUUUUAUCUCCUUUGAAAGGAGGCUCAUCAUAGAUCUUCCUGUGAGACCACAAGGAAUAGGGCAAGGCCAGAGCCAGGCUUCACCAUUAAAAUGAGUCCUUAAAGAUAUUCCCUGCCCCCUUCCCUUCACCUUACUGCCGCUCUAGCCUGCCCUGUGAUUAUUUCUCAUAUCAGACAUUUGGACUAUGAUAUUGAGAGCCCCAGUUAUCUAAAUAUUACUCAGAGAAGGAUGGUGGGGGUGGGGGUAACAUUCAGCCAUUCUCUUAGUGAUGUUUGCUCUUCUCAUGGGGGCUGAGAAAGGUGUGGCUUUGCACAGAUACAGACAAUAUGAAUGAAAAGGUGAUAUAGGAAAUAAUUCAGAACAUUGAAGGUUCAGCCUCUGUGUGUGUGCAUGUGUGUGUAAGAAAGGUAUGGUGAACGAGGGGGCAGAGUAGGAGGGAGUAUAGGCCGUUGGGCUGUAAAAAAGAAUGGUGGACAAUCUUAACUCAUCUCUACUAGUGCUUACUUUCAGCCCAUUUCCUAGUGUCAACCCCGUAUUGUUUCUUCCAGUAGCAGUUACUGUGUGUGUCCAUUUACUAUAAUACCAGAGCUACCUCUGUUACCUAUUCGCAGUGAAAUUAGAACAGAUGAGAUCCCUUUAACCAUGUUAGAUGCCAUGGUGGAAAGAUUGAAAAGUGUCACCCAGUCGUACCAGAGCUUAUGAUACAGUGUGUGUGUGUGUGGAGGGGCGGGGGGAGCGGGAAGAACAAAGUGGGUGCCUCCUCCUGGCUAUCCUCUUAGGUUAACAUAAUCAUAAUUCUUUCAAAUGUUUCUCAUAUUUGCCCUUUAACUUUCCACUUCCACCAUCAACAUUUAGAUUCUUUUUACCUCAUGCCUUCAUCACUGAAAUAGAUUCUUAACUGGCCUCCCUCGCCUCCUGUUCUCUCUCCUUCAAUCCACCCUACUCACUGUCACUAAAUUGCUUUUAAUGAUCUCAUCAGGUUAUGCCUCAGCUCCAAGGCUUUCUUAGUGCUCCCGGUUGCCCAACAAGCACAAUACAAAUUCCCAUCUGGCUUCAACCAUGCCCUCUAGACUCAUCUUCCAGCAUUUCAAACACAAACCACAUUCCAUCCAAAAUGAACUAUUUCUUGGUUUCUGGACCUGCCUUGAGAUUUUCACCAUCUCUGCCUUUGCCUGGAAUGUUCUCCCUUAACAUCUUCUCUUUGGCUCAAGUGUCAACUUUUUUCCUGAAAAUUCUUCUGAAUAACUCAGCCAGACAUGACGUUUUCUUUGAACAUGUAAGUUUUGUGACACUUAUAAGGCUCCUAUCACAAACUUCCAUGUCCUGUCUUCUCUAUUAGAAAGCACCAAUUCAAAUAUUCAGCUGCCUACUUGACAUUUACACUUAAUGUCUCACAGGCAUGUCAAGUAAAACGUGUUAAAAAUAAAUAGUGACGCACACUCUAGGACUGUUCCCUCAAUUUUCCUCAUUCGAAAAACUGGCACGUCUACCCAACCAGUCGCAUGAGCUAGAAACCUGGAAGUCAUCCUUAAUUUUCCUCGUCUUUAGUCCCCCACAUCCAGUCUGUCAGAAAGUCUGUCAGCUCUAUCUGCAAAGUAUAUCUUGACUUUACUCACUUUUACCACAGCUCACUUAAUCCAAACCACCAUCUCUUACAGGUAAUUGCAACUCCUAACUGGUAUCCUUGCUUUCAUUCUUAUUCCCACAAUUGUCUUAUCACUAUAGCCAGAAUGGUUUUUGAAAAAAUAUAAGUCAGAUCAUGUGAUUCCUUGCUUAAAGCCCUUCAAUGACUUCUCAUUGCACUUAGAUAGAAUCCAUACUCCUUACAGUGUCCUCCGAGACCCCUGCCUAUUUCUUCUACUUUGGCUCUUGCAACUCUUCAUCAUAUCUCACUUUUCCCCUUGCUCACUGCUGUCUUCCCACUGAAACAGGUCAGGCUCUGAUUUUAUUCAUAUUGUCCCCUGUCCUAAAAUGCUUGUAUCUCCAGUCUUGGCAUGGCUGGCUAUUCCUCAUUAUUCAGGUCUUAGUGUAAGUGUCAACUUUCUCAGACAGGCCUUCCUGGCAACCUUUUUUCUCGGUCUACCCUAUUUUAUCACUGUUUCCUGUUGUGUUUAAUUCAUAACACUUUGCACAAUUUGCAGUUAUAUAUUUGGCUGUUUACUUUCACUCAUCCAACAAAUAUUUAUUGGGUACCUACUAUGUUUUGUGUGAUGUACAGUGGUGAACAUAACACAUGUGGUCCCUGUCUGCCCCUUUCACUAAUGGUAUGUUCCAUGAAGGGAAGGCUCAUGCCUGUUUUUACUAAUCACUGUAUCCCAGAGCUUCUCAUAGUGCCUGGUGUAUAGUAGGUAAUCAAUAAAUAAUUGUUAGUGGUAGGAACUGUGUUUUGUUCAUAUUUUCAUCUCUCUCAAGAGCCUAAAACAGUGCCUCAUUCAUAGAAGGGGCUGGAUACAUAAGAGUAUGAAUGAGGUAGAUAAUCCCGGAUAUUAAAUUCUGAAAAUGAAAGACUGAGAUAAUAAGAGCUACAAGUUACGGGGGGCAGUCAGUGUGCACUGGAGUGUCCUAGUGUUUCUCUUUAGCUGAUCUUUGAAUAAUUAGAAAGGCUAUCAAAGGAGAAAGGGAAGAUGUUCUGAAUAUUACAGAAUUACAGAAUUUAGUCAGGUGAACUCCAUAGAGACCAUAUCUUGAGAGUGAAAGCUAAAAGAAAAAAAAAAUUCUAAGGAGCCUUCUGUUCACUUUUUCCAAGAGUAGCCAGUUUAUUUCAAGAGAAGAAAGAGGAGCUAUCCAUAAGCAAAGAACAGACAGAACAAGCUUCAAGGAAACAAGUUCCUGGCUCAUGUCAGGAAGUCAGUGCAUUGUUGGAUAAACAAAUUGGACCUUGCAGAGGACUAAGUCAGAGGCUUUGUGGCCCCAGGGAACAGGAAUAUUUGCUCACCCAUGUCCAGCGAUUGCAAAUAAUCUGGGGGUAACAACAGAGACACAGGCUUGAUUGGCAGGGUCUCAGUUCCCAAAGGCAAUCUCCAGAUAGAAUGUGUUUCAGAGUUCUGUAUUGUGAAUUAAAACCUCUUUCUUUAGUACAGUGUUAAGAGUGAAGGUAUGGAGGUAUGCUCAGGAAAGCUUGAAGGGGUAAGCUCAGGCUAAGUAAAGUGUAAAUCCGUUCCCCCCACACCCCCACCCAAAUAACUUGUACUUGGUGACAAGGACAUUCCUAACUCGUUUCUUAGGCAUAGAGGACAUUCAGGAACCAUACUUUCUGAAUCAAAAAUCAGGGCACAUGCUUAGUUAAUAAAGUAGACAAUUUGAAAGAACUGACAAAUAGUCUUGGGUAUAUUAAAGUUUUAGUCAUUGAGACAUAUAGCAUUCAUUUUCUAAUGGAAAAUAAAAUCUGCGGGAAAAAA